AUGGAGGAGUACAUCCUGUACCACGACAUUGGCCGAGGGCACACCACAUCCGCCUUCAAAGGCCGCAAAUCAAACACGCUGGAGUACCUGGCGCUGCUGCAAGUGGAGAACAAGUACUCGGGGUUGGCUGCAGUGCGGUACGCUGCCGCCCAAGCUGUACGCAGCGAACAUGUCUGUCGCGUUGACCUUCACUGCGACACAGGACCAGAGGUGUGGCUGGUUUCAGAGCUCUGCUCCGCCAUCAGCCUGCGAUCUGUCGUCAACGGCGAUGGCUACCUCAUGGGCUCCCAUUUGAUGAAGGUGCUGACGGAGAUACUGCUGGCUGUUGCGCACUGUCACGUGAGCGGUGUCGUUGUUGGCGACGUGCGGUUGGAAAAGUUCCUGGUGCAGGACGGCCACAUCAAGCUGUGCAGCCUGGGCCGCGCCAUGGCCAUGCACAGGAUGGACCCUGUGCCCACAACCGCGUCCCCAUCAGGCGUGACGCAGGUCACCAUGCCGACCAUCAACAAGGAGCAAGUGAAAGGCCUCAUCGCAGACAUGGACCGCAUCCACUGCCAGCAGUACCUCGCGCCAGAGGUGCACACCCGCCAUGCCGUCACCCCUCUCAGCGACCUGUGGGCCACGGGCGUGGCGCUGCUCGAGCUCAUGAUUGGCCGCGCCGUGCCCCCGCCAGAGGCCGGCGCCGAGCUGCACGUCGACAACCUGCGCGACGUGGCCAGGGAGAUUGGGCACCCGCCCGAUGUGGUUGCCCUGGUGCUGAACCUGCUGCAGCGGCGGCCCGAGCAGCGCUGGUGCUGGCGCGACGUCAUCGCCAGCCCGCUCCUGCACGACGACAACAGGUUUGCCCUCAUUGAGGAGGAGCUGCUCGCCGUGGAUGAACAAUACGCGCCACGCCCACCGAUGCCUGCACGCACGCGCGUUGAUGCGCAUGGUGGCGAAGGCAAGGGCGGGCCACGCUUGUCAGCAAGCGUCGCCUCUCGCGUGUCUGCCAGCGGCCGCAGCAGCCGCAGCGCCAGCAGCAGAAGCAGCAGCAGCACAAUUGUUGGCGACGGAGAGCACCACGAGGGCGAGUUUGACGAGGACGAUGAGGCUCAGCCGGAACACCAACGCACAGGCGUGUCCGGACAUGAGCACGACGGCGGCGGUGGCGGUGGUGGUGGCGGUCGAAGCGGCAGGGACGAUGACGCGCGGUCAUCUGUCGCUGCUGUCUUCAAAGGCGAGCACGACACCCUCAUGACAACCCGCCAGCUCAACCCAGCCACGUCGCUCGUGCUCUCCAAAGCGUCGCUUGCUCGCCGGAGCAUGCAGCGGCCCGCCACGGGCGCCGAUGCUGCUGCUGCUGCUGUACACACGCCCGCCGCCGCUGGCGACCGCAAACCCCACACCGCCGCUGCCGCUACACAUGCAAGCAGCGCUGGCGAGCACACAGCAUCGGCCGAGCUGCCACCGCGUGCACGCACAGCGCAGGCGUGGCUGGACGCUGACGUGGAGCCACACCCGCCAGCCAACCCGUGGGCAGGGUCGUCACGCACGCAGGCAGGCCGGCAGCGGGCACACGCGGCCCUGCGACGCGCGCACGAGCUGCUGGAGAAGCACGGCGUGGACGAUAGUUCCACACGGCCGACGCACGGUGGCGGGGACAGUGAUGGCAGCAGCGGUGGUGAAGAGGGGGAGGAAGAGGGGGAGGAAGAGGAGGCUGUUGGCGUCUCGCCCGCAACAUCUGGCCGGAAUGGAGAGGGCAUUGCAUCGGUUUCUGCCUCGGCGGCGGCAACGUCUACGCCAUUACAGCAGCGCAGGAAGAGGGGCACGGUGACAAUUGAUGCUGACUACGACGGAGGACAGCAGGAAGGAGUGGAUCCUCUGGUGGUGGACGCAGCGCAGACACCAGCGUCCUCCAUCCGCCAUCACCCAGCAGCAAACAUGCGCAGGGAAGUUGGGCGCCUGUCGCCGAGGCCGCCCGUGCUUGCAGGCAGCACAGCCAGCUCGCAAUCCACAGUUGCCGGGCGGGGCGGCCGUGGCGACGAAGACGAGACAAGCGGUGAGGCCGAUAGCCUGGGUGGAGGGCAGCCAGAAUCGAGAGGUGAAGAAGCCGCAAGCUCAACCAAAGCAACAGCAGCAACGACACCAUCGUCUGCACGCAAGCAGCGCAGCAGCAGCCAAACACCAAAGAAGAAACAGCAACAGCAGCAACCCCUGCCUUUGCCUGGCUUUUACCGCGUUGCGCCGUUCCGACUCGAGCUGCUCGAUGCUGACACGUUGCAGAACACCGCGGAGGAAUGCACCCCUGCACGGCUGCGUGAGCUGGUGCAUGAAUUCAGCGACAAGGAAUCACUGUCAUCGCCGCCGCCGCAACAGCCGCAAAAACCAGGCGUCAUCUGGGAGCUGCUGGAAUCUGGUCGUCUGCCAAUGGUGGAUGAGCUCAUCCUCAUCGACAGCGAUCUCGCCAUCAACCCGAUUCUGAACACCAAGAACAAGAGUCCCAAGUAUGACCAGAGCGCCAUUGGCGGUUUCCACCACGAUCCAGACACCAUCGCAGAUAUGUCCGAUGAGGAGACAACGCGGUUCACGCAGCGGGUGAUGUCGACACUGCAGCUCACGCCGGCCUCAAGAGCACGAACGCGAUCGGCGGCGAGGCAGCAGCGCGCAGCAUCAGGCACCGCCCGCCCAGAGAAGAGGACGCGGCUUCAUAUUCUGGCAUACCUCCUCCACAUCUGUCAAGAUGAGCGUGUGUGCAACCUCUUUGCAAAUUCGCCUGUGCUGCCUGCCCUCUGUGCCAGCUUUCGCACAGCCCCAGACUUUUGCCGAGAACGGAUGGCUGUUCUUGUUGGCACCAUCAUUCGAAACACGACGGUCAUGCACGAGGACGUUGACAUGUCGCUGAUGCUCCACAACCUCGCAGACGCCCUGCGUGAAUUCUUCCGGACGGCGUCGCUCAAGCGCCUGCUGCUGUCGGCGAUGGGCGAAGCUCUCUUCUACGCGGUCACCCAGCGCCUCGCUGCCACAUCAGACCUCCCACCAACAUGGGACAUUCCAGCAGUGUCGAUGAAGAUGGUGUUCAAGUGCUUGAGUAAAGACGAGGAGAAGUCUGUGCAGCUAGCCGCGGCGCGCACACUAGAGAACAUGGCCAGCGUGGACGGUGCGCACCAGCAAACGCUGCGGCGACAAGACAGUGUCGAUGUGAUGGCCAAGGCAUACCUGCUCCUCGCAGGCCUGCAGCGCGUUCGCCCACAAACACUGGAGCAGUCAUGCACGCCUUCUGCCCUCGGCAUUCGCCCGCAUUCCCCGCUGGAGGCAGUACUGUCAGAUAUUGAUCAAACGCACACCUCGCACACCAUCAAGGAGCAGUGGCCGCAAGAAUCCGUCGAGUAUCUGCAACAGUGUUCUGCGGUGUUUGUUGGCGAGGUGCGGGAGUGGAUACCGGAGUACAUUGGCCGACUGCACACGCUCCUGUCGCUGGUCUCGCGUCGCAACCACCCGUCGAGCGCACAGGCCAAGGAGCUGCGGGAGUUGUUUGACCUGUACAAGCUCGCCGUCACGUACUUGCACAGCACCGUCAUCCUGCGGGCGCUGCCGUCCUCGGCGCUCUACAUUGACUGCCUGCGCGUGCUGCGCUGCGUUGCGUUCACCAUGGAUGGCACGACGAGCCUGGACGAAGUGGCGGAAGACGCGGGCCAGGUCCUGUUCACCGAAACCGCGGUGGCCCUGCUGCAGCUGACGCAGCACGCGGACACACAGGAGCUGCUGGAGGCGUGGACAGAGAUGAUACACGGCGUCGGCAGCUAUCGUGCGGUGCAGAACGAGGAGAUGAAGCAGACCGUGCUGCAUGUGUACACGGCAGCGUCACAGCAUGUGCAUGCCAACGCCAACUGGUCGCACACCCGGGAGGUCAUGCGAACAGCGAGCGCAGACCUCCAGGACCUGCUGGCCCUCGUCACGCAGGUGCUGGAGAGCGAAUCCGCCUCCUCGGUGCCGUGCUUCCACGUGCUGUGCGACCUGUGGGACGCUUUUCCGGACACGAUGGCCUCCUUUUGUGCAACAAUGCCGGAGAUGGUGGAGGAGUCCAUGUCCAGUUACCAGCCGCUGGUGGAUGUCAUGCCAAGUGCUGACCUCGCCUCGGACCAGAUGUGCAACACGGAGCAUGACCUGGACUCUGCAUUUGUCAUGCGCCACGCUGCGUACGUGAUCUCGUGCAUCCCGCACUUGGCGGAUGGCCCGCUUGCGCUUCGCUAUCUUGCCAAGCAGCGUCUCGUAUCAAAGGCAGUCGCUACUUUGAUCGCAAGCAUUCUGGCGCUGAGCAAACGCGAUACGCGCGUUGCUGAGGAAGCAGAUGUUGCCAUCUUCUCCUUGCGAGUAUCCAUGUGCUCGCUUCUACUGCUCCUGCAGUACGUGCUGCAACGAAGCGACGAAUGCGCCGGUUUAUUGCCGCUCUUCUCGCCCAUCUCGGCACUCUUGCACCGCCUGCUCAAUGCCGUACCCAAAGCAAUGCUGCCGAUGCUUCGACCGAUCCAGGCGUUCAUUCGUGUGUUUGCUGCCACGGUGCCAGACGCGGAAGCCCGCGCCGCAAUGCUCCAGCAAGUCGGUGGAUGA